AGCAGGAACUUGCUGGGCACAACCCCGCCCGGCCGGCGCGGGAGCUGCGGGGGCAUCGGAGCCUCCCCGGCGGUGGUGCCUGGCCUCCCGAGACCCCGACUCCCCGCGUGGAUGCGCCGGUCCUUCCCAACAGCCUCAGGACGGCCCGGGCAGCCCAAGGGCACCGGGGACCCGGUCUCUUACUACCAGAGAGAAGGCAGUCUGUGCAGAGUUUCCAAAGACCAGAGUGAAGGCCAUCCUUGACCUCUGAAGGAAGACCAAGACCUCAGAAUGCUCUUCGGGGAAGAACUGAACUUGGCUUAUACUUUGGCCAUAAUCUGUUCCCUGACGCCAAGACUGUCUGCCAGUCAGAACUGCCACACGGAGAGUCUAGAAGAUGUCGUUAUCGACAUCCGGUCCUCUCUCUCCAGAGGAAUCAGAGGCAGUGAGCCCACCCACACGGCCACCCGGGAAGACUGCAUCAGUUCUUGCUGCUCAACACAAGACAUAGCAGGGGAUAAAGCAUGUAAUCUGAUGAUCUUUGACACUCGAAAAACAUCUGGACAGCCCAACUGCUACCUGUUUUUCUGUCCCAGUGAGCAAGCCUGUCCUCUGAAACCAGCGGAGGGACUUAGGAGCUCCAGGAUCAUCAGAGAUUCGCCAUCUUUGACCAGAGAUGAUUCACCACACCAAGGGUUAACGCAAGAAGCUUCUCCUGUCCUUGGCUGGCCCCCAGGAACCGUCUCUCCUCGGGCAGGUUAUCCAAAGCCCACUGGGAGAGAUCCACUUUCUCCAAAGUCCGCAUCCUCCGUUCAUUCACAGAAACCGUCCAAGAUCAAUGGAGCAAGAACACAGGCCCCUGUUCACAAAGAAAAAGGCCAUUCUCAGAGCUUACAGCUUUCCCUUGAAUCAGAAAUGGCUCAUCUGCCACCUGAAAAUGUGACUCCCCUGCCCACGAGGGUGGUUUAUUCUCUGGGUAACGUCUCUGCUACUUCAAAGGCUGUGCUUCCCCCACCUUCCAGCGCUUUGGGGACUCUCCGACCACAGCUGGUCACUGCAGCUCUCCCCGUAACCGCUGUCCCCUCUCAGCCCCCCACAAGCUCAGUGUCUAUAAGUUUUACGCAUGCCAUGGUUACACCCCAUGCUGUGACGACAGCAGUUCACACUACGGUCUUUCAGGCACCCACAGACUUGAAAGGUGUCCAAGACGUGGCAAGCAGUAGCGGGGUGUCCAAGCUAACUUCAGAUGCAGGGCAUGUGCCUAUGUCUGCCACCCGCCCUUUGUCAGGUGUGUGGUCUCCUGCUGCCGACAGAGCCGCUGCCCAGGACAAGGGGAAGGCCAGGGGAAGCAGCCCAUCGCUGAGCCCACAUGGCCUUCCAGUUGAAAAGUGGCUUCUCGUGGGGACCCUCCUCUUUGGAAUUCUGUUCCUGGUGAUCGGCCUUGUCCUCUUGGGCAGGAUGCUCACAGAAUCCCUCCGUAGGAAACGGUACUCGCGACUUGAUUACUUGAUCAAUGGGAUCUAUGCUGACAUCUAAUUUGUUUUGUAGCCCCAUGUCAGAUGCACUGAAUCUUUCACUUGCCAAUCUCAGCGGGAGGUUAUUUUCUUUUUAUC